AUGGCCGAAGCAACCGCCGCGGCCGCGACGCUGACGGAGAAGCUCGAACAGCUCAAGGCCGCCGCGACGAAGGAAUACUCGCUCAAGAACUACGAGCAGGCGGCAGAGCACUUCAGCGAGGCCGCGCAAGUCCAGGAUGAAAUCAACGGAGAGAUGGCUAUCGAGAACGCAGAUCUGCUGUACCAGUAUGGAAGAUGCUUGUAUCAUGUCGCGGUGUCGAACUCAGACGUGUUGGGUGGAAAGGUCGCAAACACCGAGGAACCCAAGAGGAAGAAGCGCAAGGUCACAAAGGCCGAGAGUAGUAGCGCAGCAAAUGAGAAUGGCGAGGGAAGCUCUCUGAUUGCGGACGCGAUCAAGGAUGGGGAGCAGAAGAUGGCUGAAGAGGUUGUCGAGGCUGCGGUUGAGGAGAAGGACGAGACCAAAAGCUUCACUGCGAGUGGCUCGUCAAAUCCAUACUUCCAGAUCACUGGCGACGAGAACUUCACAGAUUCGGAGGAAGAGGAGGAAGAAGGCGGCGGAGAGCCUGAAGAGCAAGAAGAGGACGACUUCCAAACCGCAUACGAGAUAUUGGACAUGGCGCGCAUAUUGCUUACGCGGAAACUGGAAGCUGCGCAAGCAGACAAUAGUAGCAAGGGGAAAGGCAAAGACGAGAAACCGGAAACACGGCAGCUCAAGGAGAGAUUGGCAGAUACACACGACUUGCAGGCCGAGAUCUCACUGGAGAACGAGCGUUUCGAGGAUGCGAUCAACGACACCCGCGAGGCACUAAAUUGGAAAAUACAGUUGUAUCCCGAGGAGAGCAGCUUGGUUGCAGAAGCGCACUUCAAACUCUCGCUUGCACUGGAGUUCGCGUCCGUUACAUCGAGGGAAGAGGGCCCGGACGGCGAGGCUAAAGUUGCAGCAGUGGAUGAGGAGAAGCGCGAGGACGCAGCUGCGGAGAUGGAACUCGCAAUUGCUUCCUGCAGGAUGCGUAUAGCCAAAGAGGAAGCAAGUCUUGCGUCGCUGGAAGGAGAGAAGGCAGCAGAGCUGAAAAAGAGCAUCGACGACGUCAAGGAGAUGACUGGAGAUAUGGAGACCCGCCUCGAAGAUCUGCGCAAACCUGCGACGUCUCUCAGCGCGAUGCAAGGGCCAUUCGGUCCAGCCGGUGCGCCUGGAGCUGACCAAGAUCCUCUUCGUGGUGUUCUCGGCGCUAUGCUCGGUGAGAGCAAGGCGGAGCAGCAGAAGCGUAUUGACGAGGCUACUCAGAACGCCAACGAUCUUAGUGGCAUGAUCAAGAAGAAGAAGCCUAAGCAGGAAGUUGCAGCUCCUGCCGAAGAGGGCACGGGAAAGCGGAAGAUGGAAGAUGAGCCCGCUGAGUUCGCCCAGAGUGGCGCGAUCAAUGGCAACGGCAAGAAGGUCAAAUUCGACGAGAAAUCUAAAUAA